UAACGGAGGCUAACGUCUGUACACUUUUGAAAUCUAUUGGACAACAUUGGAAAAUGAUGUACAAUUAUUUGGUAGAAGAUGCCAGAAAUCAGGAGUUUCCUCAGUUGAAGGAUGCUGUCUAUGUUGAUCAUGCUGGUGCAACCCUCUACAGCAGCUCACAAGUUGAUGCUGUGCAUCAUGAUCUCAUGUCCCAUUUGUAUGGCAACCCACAUAGUCACAAUGCUUCAAGCAAAUUGUCCACAGAUACUAUUGACCAGAUAAGAUAUAGAGUUCUCAAGUUUUUCAAAACAAAUCCAGAAGAAUAUAAUCUCAUCUUUACAUCAGGAUGUACUGCUUCUCUCAGAAUUGUUGCAGAUUGUUUUACAUUUUCUACAGAAAAGGAAGAUUCUCAAAGUGCUGGAGUUUUUUGUUACUUGGAAGACAACCAUACAUCUGUGCAGGGAAUGAGAGAAGUUGUUGCUGGUCGAUGUCAAGGGAUCUACUGCCUGGAUGAAAAUGAGAUGACUACUGCCUUGACUAAUCAAACUCCUACUUCUGUGAAUCAUGCUGAGACCCAAGAGAACUCCUCUUCAGUUGAUUCAGAUCACUAUCCAACCUCCUCAGCUACUGCACAGUCUCUCUUUGCUUAUCCUGCACAAUCGAAUUUUUCAGGAAAGAAGCAUCCACUGAAAUGGAUAAAACAUAUUCAAGAGAAGGGACUAAACCUCCCUGGCAGAAGCUCCAGUAGAUCAGAGAAAUGGUUUGUUGUUCUGGAUGCAGCUGCUUAUGUCAGUACCAGUGAACUUAAUUUGUCAAUUACAAAGCCAGAUUUUGUUACAGUUUCAUUCUACAAAAUAUUUGGUUACCCAACUGGGCUGGGUGCACUGCUAGUCAGUAAAAGUGCAGCUGGUACAUUGAGGAAAACUUAUUUUGGUGGUGGAACAGUAGCCAUGAGCACAGCAAAAGAACGAUUUCAUGCAUUCUGGAAGAGUCUUCCUGAAAGAUUUGAAGAUGGAACUCUGCCAUUCCUAAAUAUAAUCAGUUUAAAACAUGGUUUGGAUACAGUACAAAAACUAGCUGGGGGAAUGCUAAACUUAUCCAAACAUGUGUUGGCAGUUACUCAAUAUUUUUACCAUAAUCUCAAGAGUCUCAAACAUGGUAAUGGUCAUCCAUUAGCUGUGAUCUAUGGCAGUCAGACAUUUGAAGAGCUUAGUAGUCAAGGGGGCAUAGUCACAUUUAACUUAAAGAGAUCAGAUGGCAAGUUCAUUGGUUAUGCAGAGGUGGAUAAGUUUGCACAACUGCAUGACGUACAUCUGCGCACUGGAUGUUUCUGUAACAUAGGAGCUUGUCAGUUCUACUUGGGACUUUCAUCCAAAGUUAUAAAAGAGAAUUUUGCUGCUGGUCAUGUUUGUGGUGACAAUGUAGACUUGAUAAAUGGUCAGCCCACUGGAGCGGUCAGAAUUUCCUUUGGCUAUAUGUCAACCAUAGCUGAUGCCAGAGCCUGUCUAAGAUUUAUAAGUGACAGUUUCUUGGAGAAUCCAUCAUCUAUUCCAGUUUUUCCUGACCCUAGUUGGUACAAGAAAGAUGUCAAUCAACCAACUAGCGAGCCUGUCAUUCAACCAACUAGUGAGCCUCAUCAAAAGAAUGAUCUUUGCACACAUGAUGGGACAAGUUUAUCUGACAGAGUUAAUGGCCCUGUAUCAUCCAUGAGCACCAAUGAGAUUAGAGCUUCUAGUGUGUCCAUGACCUGCUCAUUAACAGAAAGAAAAGUCACUGACAUAUAUUUAUAUCCUAUUAAAUCAUGUGGAGCUUUUAGGGUCAGUGAAUGGGAAAUGAGCAGCAAAGGAUUGUUGUAUGACAGAGAAUGGGUGUUGGUCAAUGAUACUGGAGUCACCAUUGGUCAAAAACGAGAGCCCAAAAUUUGCUUGCUCAGCCCUUACAUUGAUCUGACAAACAAAAAAUUAAUUUUGUCAUUUCCAGGAUCAUCUUCAUUUGAACUGCCACUUGAUCAAGAUGCUACAUUUGAUGCUACUGCCAACUUUUGUACCAAUAAAGUUUGUGGAGACAGAGUGAAUACAUUUGACUGUGGAGAUGCUGUCUCUGACUGGCUGAGUGAGAACUUGGGUACAUCUGGUAUUAGGUUGUUGAGACAACAAGAGGAUGACACGAGGGCCAGUAAACUCAAAGAUAAGGAGCUUGUAGCAUCUGAAGACAAAGAUAAACCCAAGCUGUCGAUGGCCAACGAGUCUCAACUCUUAUUAGUGACAAGGCCAAGUGUGAGGGAGUUGCAGAAAAAGAUGGUGGAACUUGGCCAGGUAGAUGAUGCAGAAGAUACAAGAGUGCCAACUUCCCCAGCAGAUAUCACUGAAGAUAAUUUAGUGCUACGUUUCCGUGGUAAUGUUGUUAUUGAUGGUGGAGAAGCUUUUGAAGAGGACAACUGGAGUACACUUUUGGUUUCUGACCAGACCAUUGUUUGCCAAGGUCCAUGCUCCAGGUGUCAGAUGAUAUGUAUGGAUCAGGAGACUGGACAAAAGAGUCGAGAACCUCUAAGAACAUUGGGACUCUGGCGUGGCAAGAAGGUUCCGUUUGGUGUGCAUGCUCGUAUGCUUCCUUCUGCUGAAGAUUCUAGACAGUUUCUACGUGUUGGUGAUACAGUCCUUAUCAAACAAUGAGAAUCCUGAACUCAGCAGAAGACAGGACUCUUGAGGACUACUACUUCUUACAUUUUGAAAUUGAAUUCCACUUUUCCAAUGGUAUCACUUAAGCAGUUAUCAUGUGCUGGAUGGAAAUAAAUGUAGUUAUUUAUUUCUAGAAAACUAGAACACCUAUUUUCUGUUAGAAAUUUGUGUAUUCUUUGAGGAUGACUAGUAUCCAUGAAUAUAUUCUUUGUUAUCAAAUCUAUUUGUUACUUCCUUAUACAGCUGUGUUAACUGCUACUCUGAAUUUUUUUCAUUUGAUAUCAUGUUUUUGUAUCAUGUUAUAAAUAAACUGCCUAAUGACCAAAAUAAUGUAUUCUAUUGUCUACAUUUUCAACAUAUUUUAAAACGUUUUUUGGGGGAUUUUGUUGGACAAAAAAAAAUGUUUUCUCAGUAAAACAAAACCAUCCCUGAUCAUUUUUCAUAUAUAUAUUUUUUUAAUUUUUACUUAAUUUGUGGCAUUUUACAUCACCAUAACUUCCCUCAGCAACUUUUCAUGUAACUAAAGAGACCAGUCCUUGAUACACUUCCUCAGUCAUAGAUUAGGCAUCUAUUACUGUUUUAUAAAAAUUAAUGCUAUUUUUUUUACUAUCAACAUAGUAUCUUUUCUUCACUCAAAUUUUAAAAAAAAUAUUUAUCUAAGACCUGUAAACAAAAUAGUGUAUUUAUCAUGCUUCACACCAAAAUUUUGUGUCAUCUUGUCAAAUGUUAUGAAUGCUUUUCUAAAUCUCAUCUCUGCCACCAUAGGCCACCAACCAGCUUCCUCCAGGCAUCUCGGUUCUGGCAAGUCUCUCCAACUGACUCCACAUCUUACCCAUCUGCUAGGCAUUUUCUUCCAAAUUGCGGUGCCAUGUAUUUCUUGGCUGUCCCCUCUUCCUCUUUUCUGGGUGGUUCCAGGUGCUUGCGAAGGGUAUGACCUAUCCAUCUCCAGCGCCUCUGAAGGAUAGUUACUUCUAUGGGCUGCUGCUUUGUUCAAACUAAGUUCAAACCCUGUUUACCAUCAUCCCCUGCUGAUGAUAUGGGCUAGGACUUGAUCAUUUUCAUUUCUGAAUGAAGGUCUCAAAGUUGUGAAACAAAACUAAGCAUGGUGCAUCAAUUAUGUCCACAAUUUUAUAAGCAUUACCCAUUUAAUUGAAAUCUUACCAAGGGAAAUAACUUUUUUACAGCUUAGUUUAGAAUUUUUAUGUUUAGCUAUUGUUCUUGCUUCAUUUCUUUGCUUGUAGAGCUGCACCUCAUUUUGAUGUUGUUUUGUAUAUAGGAAAGAUUUUGAUUAGUGCCAUAUACACACUAAGUUCAUGUAAAACUGUUUCCUCCAUAUUUUUUAUGAAAUGUUUCACAACAACUUCAAGAAUUGCAAUAGUAAUUUAAUAUUACUAAUUUUACCUUUCUAUCUGUUGUUUUACAAUCAAUUCUGAAUAGAUUUAAAAUAAAACAUUUCUUUUUGUGCCAUCCUGACAUCUUUGCCAUUUGAUUUAAAGUUUGUAAAUGGGACUUUGGCUUGACUACUAGACUGUGUUGUGACUACUAGACUGUGUUGUGAGUCUUUUUUUUUAAUUGAUCCAGCUACUGGCUGUGUUGAUAAUGCUAUUCAGAUUCUUUUUUCUUUUUUUGACACAGUUAUUAAACAAUAUAUUUUGAACAAAUAAA